AUGCUUCAUUAUCCUUCCCUCUUCUUAUAUGGGCUUCCAGCCUUGUUUGUCCUGUCAAAGCUCAUCAGUUACGUAAACUGGUAUAUCACUACAUUCAAUGAUGCACGCCGCUUUGCGGCAACGUCAACAGUCCCAAGUGUCACAAUUUAUAGUCAUUGUGGCUCUGUCAUCUUCUGGCUUGCAUCACCAUGGAUCGCUCCUCUUAUUGAGACCUUACCUUUCGGAUGGGGCGAUUGGGUAUCAUAUGUUAAAAAGGACUUUGCAUGGCACAAAAAAGGCAAAUUGAAGUCCGAUGUAUUCUGGACCGUUGGGCCUGGCGGGCAAGCUCUUUAUGUUGCUGAUGCGGAUGUCAUAUCCCAGAUAGUUCACAGAUGGAAAGAUUUCUCGAAGAAAGUGGUGCAUUACCGCACACUUGCCGUAUUCGGUCCAAAUGUUGUUACUGUGGAAGGCUCAGAUUGGCAAAGGCAUCGAAAGAUCACUGGUCCUCCCUUCAACGAGAGGAAUAGCGGCUUAGUUUUUGAUAAGUCAGUCACUCAAGGCAGGGACAUGCUGGCUUCGUUCACACACGACGUUGAAGGCCGUCAAGCAAGUCCGGUUGGGGAGGACUUGAUGCACUGGUCGAUGACCGUGGCACUCAAUGUUAUAUCUUCGGCAGCUUUCAAUCUUCAUGUGCCAUGGCCGAUCAAAUCUAUCGAGUCUCCUGUUCGUCCUUGGGAAACAUCGCAAACCAGUCUCGCAGCAAGUAAAACAGACACUACUAAGAAGCACGGGAUGACGUUCCAGCACUGUGUACAUGCUGUCAUGAACAAUCUUCCGUUCAUUAUAUUCUUCCCCGCCUGGGUUUUACGCAAGAGCCCUUUCCAAACCAUGCGAAAUAUGCAGGUGUCCUCAGACGAGUUCAAAAGCCACAUGCAAGAGUUGAUUGAUAAGAACCAAAACACGUUCAAGUCGACAGGUGAAGAUAGUGGUAAUAACGAUUUACUGAACAACAUCAUCAAGGCCAAUGCGACUGAUACAAGUCAUGCACUGAAUGCUGACGAGAUGAUUGGCAACAUCUUCAUAUUCAUCGUGGCAGGCCACGAGACUUCGGCGAAUACCCUGCAAACAUGUCUGAUCCUUCUCGCGAUUUAUCCUAAUGUUCAGAAAGCCGUUCAAGACGAAAUUGACGGCAUUUGGGCCACGAAGAAAUCAGGCGAAGACUUGGUCUAUAAAGAAGACUACCCUAAGAUGAGAAUGAUAUCUGCAACAGUGCUCGAAGGACUCAGACUGUUUCCACCCGUCGUUGGCAUCCCCAAAGAAGUUCCCAUGGAGAACUUGGCGGGACAGACUCUUACUUACCGGGAUAAGCCAUUUUUCGUUCCUCCGAAUACAGACAUUACGAUAGAUGUCGUUUCCACGCAACGGAAUUAUCGUUACUGGGGCGAUGACUCCCAAGAAUUCCGGCCCUCUCGCUGGCUCAUGCCACCGGGCUACAUCGCCCCUCCAAACACAACCAACGAGUCUCCCGGCCAUGCUGACAUAUUCUGCCCACCUAAGGGAGCUUUCAUCGCUUUUAGUGCAGGCUUUAGAGGAUGCCUUGGGAGGAAGUUCGCUCAGGUUGAGCUCUGUACUCUCAUUGCGGUGCUUUUGAAGGAUUACUCUAUUGAGUUGGUUGGUGAGAAAGGGGCGAGUUUCAAGGACGCCCAGAAGCAGGCGCUUGCGGCGAUAGAUGACAGAAGGACGGAGAUCGCCAUGAGAAUGCGGAAGGCCGUGAAGGUGCGAUUUGUGAAGAGGGGAAGCGAAUCAUUUCCUCCUCGUGGCUAG